AUGGGUAAUGUGUCAUCCCAAUCUUUGGCGAAGGCGGCGCCGGCCUUCUGCUUGACUCUCGUCUUCGGAGUCGCAACUGCCUGGCAGUUCUUUCUCUGUCGCAGGCAGGAUCGUUUGGGCUGCUUAGGUUGGAAGCAGCACCAGAGCAGCCUAGAAGAUUCGCCAAGUGCCAUUCACGCCAACACAGAGGAGCUGGGCCCGCGUCAAGCGAAGAACGACCUGGAGGAUUUAGCCUCGAACGUCCACGUCCGACCACCCAUGCUGGGUUUGGGAGAAGUCCUUCGAAGAGUCCGGGGACAGCAAGUUGAUCCCGAAGCAGAGACCCUUUCCACAGAAACUGCACGCCUCCCAGGCAGGCAGCGUAUACAUGUGAAGACCUUUGGCUGCCCGCAUAAUCAGUCAGAUGGUGAGUACUUGGCAGGACAGCUACAAGACUACGGCUACACGUUAGUGGAGACUCUUGAAGAGAGUGAUGCCAUCGUUAUCAACUCUUGUACUGUGAAGCACCCAUCGGAAACAAGAGCCUUGAACCUAGUUACCAAUGCCCAGCAAGCUGGGAAGGGAGUUGUUCUUGCAGGCUGUGUGCCUUCUAGCAACAAGAAGUUGGCACAGACACUCACUGGUGUGAGCAUGCUGGAUGUCACACAGCUGGAUCGGAUCGUGGAGGUGGUCGAGGAAACAGUGAAGGGAAACACAGUGCAGCUGCUGGACAAGCGAGGAGAUUUACCCUCACUGUCCUUACCCAAAGUGCGCAAGCAUAGAUUCGCGGAGAUUAUCACAAUCAAUGCGGGGUGCCUUGGAAACUGCACCUACUGCAAGACCAAGAUGUCGCGUGGAAAAGUUGUGUCCUAUCCAAUCGAUGCAAUUAUCGCACGGGCACUUGAGGCUGCAAGCGAAGGGGUCUGUCAGAUCGAGCUUGCCUCGGAGGACAUGGGCGCAUUUGGCCUGGACAUUGGCACGAACAUCGCGGAACUGUUGGUGCGCUUGUCCGAUGCGUUGCCUCCCCAUGUCAUGCUUCGUACAGGUAUGACUAAUCCACCCUUCAUCAUGCAACAUGUGGACAAGAUCAUCGAAGUCUUGAACCGGCCGAACGUGCAUGCCUUCAUGCAUAUUCCCGUUCAAUCUGGUUCUGACCAGGUGUUGAGGGCCAUGAGGCGGGAAUACACAGUGGGUGAUUUCGCGUAUUUAGCUGAUCGACUCAAAGCUGGAGUUCCGGAGCUCUUCCUGCUUACGGACAUCAUAUGUGGCUUUCCCACUGAAAGUGACGAGGACUGGAAUCAAACCAUGGAGCUUUGCCGCAAGUACCAAUUCCAAGGCAUCCACAUCUCGCAAUUUUAUGCACGACCUGGAACAGCAGCUGCCCGUCUGAAGCCUUUAAAAAGCCAUGUGGGUAAAGAACGCUAUCGAGAGCUUGCCGAGCUGGUCACUUCCACCAAUCGGAACGAGGGCCUACUGGGUCGCAAAGAGCGUGUAUGGUUUGCGGAUACCGAGGAGGAGAGGUCCAAGAGCGAGCAGGGGCAGACCGUAGGUCGCACUAAGACCUUUGCCAAAGUUCUUGUACCUCGCGACGAUGCGCUCCUGGGUCGCAGCGCGCUGGUGCGCAUAACCUCCACCUGUCGCCUGCACGUGGAGGGCCAAGCUGCACAAGCGCAGGCUGAACUGUGGGAAAGGGAAUUGGAAGAGGCGCUCGAAGAGAACGAGCAGCUCAAAGUCAAGCUGCUCCAGAUGAGACCGCUCGCAAGUCAGGUUUCGGACUUCAAGGGCAAGAUCAGGAAGUAUGCGGCCACGAUCGAAGAACUGCGAAGGUCAGACAGGAGACCAAGUCGAGGCAGCAAGCGCCGUCGUUUGGUUCGUUGUCAAGAUCGCCUUCCAGAAGAGGCGUCGGACCCUGCGUGUUCGCCCCGCGAACAGCGGGCUGGGCAAAAGGAGACCGAUAUGGCUGCCAGCACGAUCAGCCACUUCAGACACCAGGAGCCAAGGAGCCCUGAGCCUGUUCCAGGGCCUGGUUCCGCCGCAAACUCUGCCCCGAGCACAUGCCGAGAUGCUGACAAGAGCACGAGACCCUCGCCGGGGGCGCCCAACAUCGCGGCGAACGCGGUGGAUCCCAGAAAUGGAAAGAACCGCUGGCCAUUGGAAGUGCACGACACAAGCGGCCAAGAUGCCAAGCCUGACAAUGGGCAGAGAGAAAAUCUGAUAGAGCUGCGGCAAAUAGCUGGCCUGCGGAUAUGGGAGCCAAUACAGCCACCGACCGAGGCUACCAAUGCAGUGGUUGCAUCGAACCUGCCUGCCGAUGCAGAACGACGUGAAGAGCCUGCUCUUUACACCGUUGGCCGUUCAAGUUCCCGCUCUUUCGAGCCACAGGUCCGUGCGGAGGGGCAGCAUGCUGCUCCAUCCCCUAUUCAGCCAACUUCUGGCGCGCUGUGCCGCUGCGUGGUUCGCGGGAAGGAGCAGAGACUGGCCCUGCCAGGGCACGACUGCGAGAUGUGCCGCCGCUUCUACGCAGCAGCGGGAGUAGGCUCAGCUCUAAAGUCGUCGAGGCACCGAUCCGAGCACGCACCCACCAACACUCCUCCAGGCUUUUGGGACUUGUCCUUCCCUGUCCAUCCGGAGUCUACACCAUAG